AUGACUCAAGCACAAACUGGGAUCCAUGGGGUUGACCUUGUCCCACAAGGGACGGCCUACGGGCUUCUCAUCGGCCUCGGUAUUCUCUUCUGCGGUGUGAUCCUCAUUGCUAUCAAGGUCCAGAAAGCCUAUCUUUCCGAAGAUUCAGCAACCUCGGAGAUGUUUAUGGUCGCGAAUAGAUCUGUCGGGACAGGACUUACGGCGUCGGCGGUGUUCUCUUCAUGGAUGUGGAUUAACGAGACGGUGCUAUCGGCUGCCAUGUGUUACAGAUAUGGACUGGCGGUGCCUUUGUGGUGGGGAUCAGGUCUCUGUUUUCAGAUUGCUCUUAUGGCUGCUCUUGGGGUCAUGGCCAAGAUCCGAGUCCCUUACGCGCAUACAUCGCUUGAGAUUAUCAAGAUGCGAUACGGCACAGUCGGGCAUCUUGUCUUCAUCGUCUUGAAUUUGACAAACAACGUCUUCGGCUGUGCGUCCAUGAUUCUUACGGGAUCUCAACUGGUGUAUGGCAUCUCCGGUAUGCACUUCGUUGCUGCUACCAUUCUGAUCCCUCUGGGAGUUGUCUUGUACACUGCGGUUGGGGGUCUCAAAGCUACCUUUCUGACGGACUUCUUACACACGGCUGUCGCACUCAUCCUCAUUAUCUUUUUUACCUUGUCAAUUUUAACCAAUGAACAUAUCGGUGGACUGAGCGGCCUCUACGACAAGGUGGUAGCUACGGCCAGCGAAAACUACAUUCCUGGUAACUUUGAGGGAUCGUUGCUCACGAUGAAGUCCAAGGAAGCCAUUAUCUGGGGGCUAAUCUUGAAGUUCGGAAACCUAGCCCUGGUCGUCAUGGAUACUGCCUUUUGGCAAAAAUCCUUCGCAAGUGAGGUUAACUCAACCGUGCCCGCAUACAAUCUCGCAGCGAUUGCUGUCUUCGGUAUUCCAUGGGGCUUAGGGACAGUUAUUGGGCUGGCCGCUAGGGCACUCCAUCAGACUGCUAUCUUUCCCACCUACCCGGCGGACAUCACCCUGUCAGAGGUGGAGGCAGGGUUGGUAAUGCCAUACAUCGUCAAGGCCCUCAUCGGAAACUCUGGGAUUGUCGCAUUUUUUGUGCUAUUGUUCAUGGCUCUAACCAGCACAGUCUCUUCUUCCAUGAUCGCAGUCAGCAGUAUCCUAUCUUUCGAUCUUUACAAGACAUACUUCAAUCCCAAGGCAACAGACAAGAAGCUACUCCGUGCAAGUCAUAUUACCGUUGUCUUUCAUGCCAUUUUCAUCACUGGGAUUUCCAUCGCGCUGAACUAUGGUGGCGCUAAUAUGACAUGGAUUGGCUACUUCCGGCCAAUCCUCUCCUGCCCUGGAAUUAUACCUCUCGGGCUUACUCUCUUCUGGGAUGGUCAGACAACGCUAGCGGCAAUCCUCUCGCCUGUGUUAGGCUUUUUCACAGGACUUGCCAUCUGGUUAGGUACUGCAAAAUCCCUGUAUGGGGAAGUAACCAUGGCCACGACAGGUGAGGGCUUGCCUGCGCUAUACGGAGCGAUUGGAUCAUUCUUCUCGCCCGCUCUCUACUCGGUUGUGAUCUCCCUGAUAUACAAGCCUUCCAAGUUCGACUGGCGCAUAUUCCUUCGCAUCGAACUGGCCGAUGAAGCACAAAUCCACGAGUCCGAGACGCCUACCAUCACAGAGACCAAAGAGGAGCCCGGUACACAAACACCCCAAUCCGAGACAUCGACCGCAGACCCCGAGCACACCGGUGCUCACGAUAAACCGAUCGCGGUGUCGAGGGCUCGUUUAACCCCACCGUCACAACUUAGCCUAGAUGACAUCCGUCAUCCAUUCGACGAGAAAACCUUAAAGGAAUUAAACCGCUGGAUGAAAAUUGCAUGGGCUAUAUUUGUUGUCCUCGUCCUGGUCACCUUCAUUCUGUGGCCGAUGCCGCUAUACCGUGACUAUAUUUUUACCAAGUCAUUCUUCUCGGGUUGGGUGUCCGUUGCCAUCGUCUGGCAAUUCUUUGCCUUCUUCGCCGUGGUUGUUUACCCGCUGUAUGAUGGCCGGUAUGAAAUUGAGAAAGGUGUGAAGGGGAUGUGGAAGUCCGCAAAGGGGUUCCUGUCGAAUAGGCGCUCAAAUACCCCUAUUUGA